AUGUCUUACUACGGUGGCUACGGCGGUGGCUAUGGAAAUCCGUAUGGUGGUAUGGGAGGUAUAGGCGGGGGAUAUGGCGGUAUGAGACCUAGCAUGGGCGGAGGCUAUGGCGGAAUGGGCGGCGGUGUAGGUGGAGGAUAUGGCGGUAUGGGCGGCGGCAUGGGGGGUGGAGGAUAUGGAAAUCGCUAUGGCGGCAUGGGAGGAAGCAUGCGCCCUAGUAUGGGCAUGGGCGGUAUGGGCGAUCGCUACGCCGCCUCAGAAUACGAGGACGACGAAGACUCCCUCUACGACUCCCACUACGCCCACCUUCCCCGCCGCGCUCCACCCCGCCGUCCCCAACCCGGUCGCUACGAAUCUUACUCCGCGCCCGGCCACCGCCCCCGCGGCUUCAUACACCCCGAUUCUCUCCCCGACAACAUGGACGACCUCGGCCCCGACUCCGACUACGGCAGCAACGCCGCCGACCCGGGCGACUACCGGUACGGCGCGCCCGACGCUGCGUACUGGGAUAGCUUCAACAACGGGGGCAGGAGAGGGCGUCUGACGGAGGAGAAUCUGAGACAUGUGCCCGAGGCAUAUUGGGAUGCGAAUCGUGGGGAGUGGGAGGAAGAUGGCCCGAGGGAGAGGAUUAGGGCGUUGGGGAGGUAUACAAGGUUUGGGGAUGGAGAGGAGUAG